AUGGGAGCCGAACUCUCGAAGCGUAAGCACAAGUAUCGCAAGGGUAAGUGGGUGGACAAGGAGACGUGGACGGGACAAAAUGGCGAGGGGCUGGAGCCAGAGGCAGGUUUGAAGAUGGUCGACAAGGAGAAUCAAUGCGUGCUUCAGUGGAUUCAAAGCAUCACAUCUCAGGGUAAAAACAUUGUUUUGCUCCUAGAAGAACGCACAACCCUGGAUGAUAGACCUUCGAAACGGCCACAAUCAGAGAUUUGCAUGCGCCAAUUCAAUCAAUCCCUUGAGGCUCUAGCAGGCAAAGUUGACCUAAGCUGUUGUGACUGGCUGCACCGAAUCGGUCUGCAGCAGCCCGAACCGAAGCCUCCACCUGCUUUGGAUCAAUCGGACGAGGUAAAGGAGGCCAGUUUAGGGGGCUCUACGCCGGAAAUAAGUAGUCUAAGUGCCGACAAGGAGGGAGAUUUUGAAGUUGAGGUUGUCGAAAAAAUAUCCUUGGGGUGUAUACCGGAAGCCGGACCGGUACCUGAAGGGAUAAAGAGACUGACAGAACAGGAGGAAAAAGGGAACGAAAAGGGGACCGACGGAACAGAGCAGAAUGAAGUGGUAGACAUCCUCAUUGCUGUUGCAGAGGAUGAAUCGGAUAGGAAAAUAAGUCAUAAGGCAUCUUCGAUUGCGAGGCUAAAGGCUGCCAUUAUGGAGCACACAGUGAAGCCAAAACCAAAGAGGCGACGUCCUAUGUAG